AUGGCGCCCCUAAUCCCGCCCAACCUCGCCACGGCGGCGCGUCAGCUCGUCGGCACGGUCGUCCGGCGCGCCAGCGACGCUCUCCUCGACAACAACAGCCACGACGACAACAACAAACCGUCACCCCGCUCGCUCCUCAUCUCCGUCCCCGCGCCGCUCCCCCUCAGCCUCCUAUCACCAACCACGACCGGCAGCGACGCGGACCCGCCGACGCGGGCGCUCGCGGCGCGGCAGUUCGCGGCCACGACGAGCACCGUCCCGGGGGGCUACCACACGGCGGGGCCGGAGCCGGGGGCGGUGGUGGGUAUCACGCUGGGGUCGCUGGCCGGGUUCCUGCUGGUGCUGUGGCUCGUGUACGUGUGCAUCAACAUGGGCAACGCGCCGCGCGCCGUCACCGACGCCACCUCCUCCUACGGCGGCACCGCGUCCGUCGUCGAGGUGCGCAAGUCGUCGCGGCACCGCCACGCGUCGGCGGCGGCGGCGCGCCGUGGUGGUGGAGGUAUGGGCAGGCCGCCGCCGCCGCCGCACGUGGAGCGGGUCGUGGUGGAGGAGUCGACGCGCACGGCGCGGGCCCGCCGCAUGUCGGCCGGCAGCAGCCUCCCCGAGCGCGGCAUCCCCGUCCCCGGCCCCCGCAUCGUGCCCAUGGACAGCGACGACAGCGCCGACGAGGAGGACGAGGUGGUGGUCAUCGAGGAGCGCUCGCCGCCGCCCCGCAGGCGGAGCAGGAGGGGUUCGGGCAUGACGGGCGAGAGGAUCUACUACGAGCAGAGGGAGAGGAGCGUCUCGAGGAGGAGGUAG